UGCGUAUACAGGAAGAGCGAAUGCAUCUGGUUUGCUUUGCUACAUUUCCGGUAAAAGGAGAACUGACAAGUUUGCAUUUUGUUUACAAGUGGUGAAAGCUUCUCAUGGUGUCGAGCUAUCUAGUACCUAGGGGAGAGGUUUCCCGGUGGGCUGGGCCUAUAUUGCACGACGAGACAAUACAAAGGAACAGGCUGGGCUUUUCCGGCGAUGCGUUUCAUCGUCCUAUGUUCUCAAAUUCGGGCAGACGAUAGAAAGCCGUUGGCUUUGGCACUCGCAGCAAACCGACGGACAUGCUGUGCGCCACCGCACUGUCCUGCAGUCCAAGGCCAAGCGCUCGUCCUUCCCUUGCGAAAUUCCCUCUGCUUCAUCACCCGGCUCUUCCCAUCUCUUCUCCAUCCAGCUCUUCCCCCAGGAGGAGCAAUUCAUGGGGUUGGACGUGGACUGGGAGAUGGGUCUCUCGAUUUCUUUCCCUGUACUUGUCCCUCCUCACCUCCGUUUCUGUUUCACAGGCACAUGAGUAUCGUCCAUCUCCUUCCUUUACUCACGCCUGUGAGGAUAUCGACACUUAUUAUGCCCAGCUCCGGAAUUCCAAAGGCCAAGCUCUUCAGAAAAAGCUGCAUUCCCUCAUCUCUCCUCAUCGCUCCUUGUCCUACAAGCAGGUGUGGGAUGCCCUCAAGAUCCUUGAUGCUGCUGAUGUUGAUAACCCCGAAGCUUCGCCUGGGGUAGUUGAAAUUUAUACUCUUAAGAUCGUACCAAAGGCUUUAGCUGGAAAACCUGAAGGAUGGAAUAUAGUUGCAAUAGAUUCAGAAGUGUUCACACCAGCAAAAACUUUGCCAGGGGAGCAUUUAUGGCCACGUUCUUAUGGGUUAAUUGAUCGUGUGUCACUGAGCGAUUUACACAACCUUCGCCCAUCUGAUAUAAAUGUUAAUUCAUCUAGAGGAAACAAGUAUUAUGGAGAAUGUGCUUUUACCUCCGCUAAAUGUCUGAGACCAGCGAACAAGGAAGCUGCAAUUGACACAGAAUCAGAUAGCAAGAGAUGGGCUCCACCUAGGCAGGUUAGAGGGGAUAUUGCACGGGCAUUAAUGUAUAUGGCUGUCAGCUAUGGGUUUCAUCAACCAGGUGGAGGCCCUGAUCUUCACCUCUCUGAUUCUCCGAGCAUUGAGAAAAAGGAGAUGGGACUGCUUUCUACACUGCUGAGAUGGAAUAAAUUUGAUCCACCAUCAAGGGAAGAGAAGCUGAGAAAUGACCGGAUAUGCAAGUUUUAUCAGUAUAAUAGAAAUCCUUUUGUUGAUCAUCCAGAGUAUGCUGAUCUGAUAUGGGAGCAAAAAUAGUUAAGGCAAAUCAAUCUUGUCAUUGUCAAUGGGGUUAGUCCACAUUAGAUGAACAGACGAACAAUAUGAUUGUACUGUGAGGCGGCAUUUCUAUGUGUGCUGCCAGUCAUUUCAUUUGCCAUCACGCCAAAAGGCCCACAGACUUGCAUUCUGUCACAUCGCUUCGAGUACUUUCUAGUUGACUGGGAGUGUAUACCAAACUCAGUCCCACUGUUUUGGAGUCGGAUUUUGUUAAGAGGAAUAUGGUGCGCACGGUACAGCACCUACCUAGGGCGAAGGGUUGUGGCGCUCUGUUUCUUUUGUUUUCUUAAUCAAAGUAUUUCUCGAUAGCAGAAAAAGUGUUUUGCAUGGUUUAUACUUUCCGUGUUGGGAAAUCCGGUGAAAUUCAAUGGAAAUUUAGGAAUUGCUUUUCUCUGUCAAAUCCCUACAGAGUGCUUUCCCAAGCUGUCGUAAGUUUAUCUUGCGAAAUUCAGCUCCCUUCUUAGAGCACAAGGAUAGGUAUCUACAGUCUUAGCUGUGGAACGGUCCAUUGGAGGUACAGGGCAGGAGCAAGAGUUCUGUUCAAGGGACUACUGAUUAUAGGAUGUAAAUGAAUUACUGGAAUAGCUUAGAAUUCAAAAGCAGAAUGAUGGAGAUUGAUUGAGAGAAGGCCUGAACUGGGACCAAA